AUGAUUAUUAGUAAUUUGCGUGUAUCACCAAGACGCGUCGACUCAUGGGCCGCCUUAGGGCUCAUAUACUGCAGUCAGCUCGAACAGAUUCUUAAUCUGACGGAUCUAAAAACAGAGCGCGUUACUCCAGAUGCAGUGACCCGAUGUUUACGAUGUUUUGCCUUUGCUCUCCGACUUGCGCCUGAAACCGUCACUCUACUAAUUGAACGUGGUUGCCUCGCCUACCAGCUCCAUUCAUAUGCUGCCAGAUUCGUGAAAAAGUCGAGAUAUCGUAGCUAUCCGGAAUCAUUUGUGAAUCUUUGUCACAUCUGGCGUUUACAAAUGUUAAUGUUGGCUCGUGAAUCAUACCUCUCUGCUCUACGCUGUGAGGGUUUUCGUGUUCGUGAUUUGCUACUUACUGUAGAGGCCCGAAUGGGAUGGACUCGUGCUCGAAUUCAAUCGCAGGACUCGGCCAACCAAUCAUCUAAGGGACAAGAACAUGCCAAAACUCAGCUCAUUUGGAGUACUGAGGAUGCUGAUGAUGAGAAGAAGCAAGAUGAAGAGGAGGGUGAGGAUGAAUGGCUUAAUUAUCAUCCUGAAGAGGAAUGGCUCUGCUUUUAUAUGCUAGCCAAAUGUGCGGAGAAGGCUGGGCCCGCUUGGGGCUUUGGUCUUGUUGGAGAAGCCAAGCGGGCUCUUGCUUCUGGGGUCCACCAAACAGGCUGCUUAACAGGCCUUUCACGCAAGCGCCAAGCCUCCGCAGCUCAACGUCUUCAACUGACCAGGAAGCAGGAACCGGCCGCUUCAACUAAUGUCUACUUUAUGCCCAGUCCUGGUCUCACAGCUGCAGAAGCGAUUGAGGCGGCCUCACGACACGCACCUUUGUCAUCACCUCUACAUUGCUUGGGCCCCAGCAGGCUGAAAAAAGACGGUGAAAGCUAUUGGACUGUCGAAGACGAUUGGGGCGGUGAGACGAUUGGCGAGUGGGUUAUGCGCGUUCUCGGCCACUAUCGGCGGGCUGCGGAUGCCCUGGAUGCGGCUGGAGCAAAGUAUCCAAAAAAGAUUGUUCUAUAUCACAAAUUACCUUUUCGUGCGGUUGAAGCUGUAGAAAACUCUCCAGCCAUUCUUCAAUAUAACUGA